AUGAACACGGGGCCGUCGUGGCUCACGACGGCGCCGACGGCUCAGGAAUCGGUCACGGCGACGGACUUCCUGCACUCGCUGCCCGCGGCGGGCGACAUCUCCGACGCGCGCUUCCGCAAGGGCGUCAAGCAGGUGUCGACGCUGGGCCCGGCGUCCGCGUCGCCGGAGAUGAUCGAGAAGCUCUUCCUCGCGGGCACGGACGUGUUCCGCAUGAACCUGAGCCACGGCGCCGAGGACAAGCUCGAGGCGUCCCGCAUCGUGCGCUCCAUCGAGGCCAAGUACGACCACCCCAUCGGCAUCCUCGCGGACCUGCAGGGCCCGAAGCACCGCGUGGGCAUGUUCCCCGAGUCCGCGCCCAAGGUCUUUCUCGAGCGCGGCGACAAGUACCGCUUCGACCUCGACGUCGACGCGCCCGGCGACGGCCGCCGCGUGAGCCUGCCGCACCCGGAGGUGCUCGAGGCGCUGAACGUCGGCGACGCCAUCCUCCUCGACGACGGCAAGCUCCGCGUCGAGGUCGAGGCCAAGGGCCCGGGCUUCGUCGACACCGUCGUGCAGAACGACGCGUGGCUCAGCAGCCGCAAGGGCUUCAACCUCCCGGACACGGUCGUCCCCUGCAGUGCGAUGACGCCCAAGGACAUCGAGGACCUGGAGUUCCUCAUGGAGGGCUUCCAGGGCGUCACCGUCGACUGGAUCGCGCUGAGCUUCGUGCAAAGACCGGAGGACAUGCUCGAGCUCAAGCGCCGCAUCAAUGGACGCUCCAACGCCAAGCUUCUCGCGAAGCUCGAGAAGCCCCAGGCCGUGGAGCCGGCCAUGCUCCGCGCCCUCGUCGACGUCUGCGACGGCAUCAUGGUCGCGCGCGGCGAUUUGGGCGUCGAGUGCGCGCCCGAGGACGUGCCCAUCGUGCAGAAGGAGAUCAUCGAGGAGUGCCGCCGCCAGGGCAAGCCCGUCAUCGUCGCGACGCAGAUGCUCGAGUCCAUGAUCGACUCGCCCGCGCCGACGCGGGCCGAGUGUUCGGACGUCGCGACGGCGAUCUUCGACGGCUGCGACGCGAUCAUGCUCUCCGGCGAGUCCGCGGCGGGCAAGUACCCCGAGGAGUCCGUCGCCAUGCAGCGGCGCCUCGUCGAGCGCGUCGAGACGGCGCCGCGCCACAAGGCGCUCGUGAAGGAGCACGCGAUCGGCGGCUUCCGGCCGGAGCUCGACGACGACUCGGACCUCGACGCGCUCGCGCUCGCGGCGUCGAGCCUCGCGUCGUCCCUCGACGCCAAGGCCCUCCUCGUCUUCACGACGACGGGGUCCGCCGCGCAGCGCAUGGCCCGCCUCAAGCCGGGCGUGCCCAUCCUCGCCGUGACGCCGUCGCCGGACGUCGCGCGCGCGUUGACGCUCUCCGCCUACGUCUACCCGGCGCUCCUCGACCCGGCCGUCGUCGCCACGGAGCGGUCGUCGACCUUCUACAAGAUGCUCGAGGCGGGGUUGGCGUUGGCGCACAAGAAGCACCUCGUCAACGACCCCCGGGACCGCAUCGUCGCCACCGCGGGGCUCCCCUUCAACACGCCGGGCUGCGCGAACGCGAUCCGCGUCAUCGAGGCCGGCGGCCUCGACUGCUGGGGCGGCCAGUGCUUCUACGACUCGUGA